GCUCUGACUCAGAAAUUUCGAUGGCCUGUCUCUUGACUAUAAAAUAAACAUUCUUGUAAUACCACUGAUUAAAUAUUUUUUUAAAGAUGUCUGUGCUUUGCUAUAGUAAUAACUUUUGUUCAACAUGAGUGUGUCGUCUUCUAUUUUAUUACAAAAUAAUAACCAACCUAAUAAGGCACUUUAGCUAAAAAAAUGAUAGACUACUAAAAUCAAUGAACGAGGGGAGCAGAAAAAUACUGUGAUAAUUUAAACUCUCACGUAAUCUGAGUACGAUUUUAUCCAAACGGUUCCAUAAUUUUAUAAUUACUAUAGUGAUUUUGACUAGAUCUGAAAGAAAUGUGUUUAGUAUUUAGGUGCAAUUUACUAUCAAAACAUGUCAAUGAAUUAUGCUUUUUGUUUUUCAUUGUUUUUGUUAAUUCUUGUUGGAAUUAAUAUUUACUUUUUCUAUACCUUAAAUACUGUGCAAAAACAAGGGAAGAGUUUCAAUAUACCUUCUUUAAAAUCAGAUGCACCACCUGGUGUGUUUAAAGAAAUUUACCAGUAUCUUAAUUAUUUACCAAGUCCAUAUAAACAAAGAAAUUCAAAGUUUACAUACAUUCAAAAGAAUCUCAUGCAGUCAUUUAAUUCAACUAAUGUUAUGGAUCCAGUAAACGUCUUAGCUAAUGUACUUACUUGGGCUAGUGAUGAAUUAUUAUUUCCACAUAAAAAUGGAAUGGCUGGAAAAAUAUUGCGGGCCAUGCGAACCUCACAGAUAGUGCUGGUUGAUAAUGCUCCUAAAGGAACACAAUUAAAAAUGAUGGUACUACUGGAGGGUAAACAAAAACUAUAUUUUAAACCUAAAAGAUAUCAACUUGGCGACAUUAUAAAUGGAAAUAUAUAUGCAGGUUUUGAUCGCCACAAUUCUGAGGUAUUUGCCUAUUACCUUGCUAUGGUAUUGAAUUUUACAUGGAUAACACCCUCAGUUAUAAGAAGGAUCCAUAUAAAUAAUGAUAUUUUACCUGUAGCAACUGAAGGAUUGAAGAAAACCAUGGUGAAAAAUGAAAGUGGGUCAAUGUGUAUCUAUGGGAAAUGUUAUUACUGUAAAGUGAAUGAAACAGUUUGCCCUGACUCUAGAGGGGAAAUAGAAGGUGCUGCUAUAUUAUAUUUAGACAAACAAUUUAAGAUAUAUAAAUCACCAUGGAGAAGAUCAUAUACUAGUAGGAAAAUGGAAUGGGAGAAGGACAAUAAUUUUUGUAAAAAAAUCAUCAGUACAUAUAGCUCAAAACGACUAUUAAACUUGAUAGAUGUAGCGAUAUUUGAUUUCCUAAUACAAAAUGGAGACCGACAUAGAUAUGAGGUCUAUAAAGACAGAAUUUUACUUUUAGAUAAUGGGAAAGGCCUGGGUAAUCCGAAUGUUGAUGAAUUGGAUAUAUUAGCUCCACUUUAUCAAUGUUGCAUGUUAUCCUCAUCUACAUGGCAGCAUCUAGAAAUGUUGUCAGGUGGGAGUCUCACAGAGACUGUAAAAUUGUUGUCUGCCUUUCAAGAUGAGAAGUUGGCUACAGAGGAUCACUACAAAGCAGUUGAAAGAAGAUUGUUAAAAGUUUAUGCUACUGUCCAAUAUUGCAUAGGGAAAUACAGCAGUGCCAAGGUAUCUUCGAUGAAGUUGUAUUCACGUGCCAUCGAUGUUGGCAACGAAUUAACACUGCCGGACGGGCUAUUGGAGCUAUCAACGAAGAUGAUGAUAUCACAGUUCCACCCGCUAUGCCAGAUAUUCAACGAAAUCUCGCAAGACCAUCUAAUACAGCGAGAUUGUUUAAACAUGUCACGAAUUCGAAUACCCAAUAGCAUAAAAGCUCACAUGUUAUUUUAUUACAAUUUCUACAUACCUACAAGUGCUCGUGUUUGUAAUGAACACAAUGGUUCACGAUUGGGACCAGUUGCUAACCGGCAAUGUUUACCGAUCAUAUAGAUGGUCUUGAUCAAAAUCAUGAGAAAUCUAUGUAUUGGAUAUCAUUUCAAUUUAUAGAACAGCUUUAGAGAAUCCAUCAACAACAUUCGAUUUUGAUUUGCAAACAGAAAAUGAGUUGCGACAUUGGACAGGACUCACGAUCGCUGAAUUCAAUUUGCUUCUGAAACAAACACCAUCACUACGACAGCAGUCGAACGCACCGAAUACGGUUCUAGGUGGAUACCUUAUGAAACUUCGGACAGGCGAACCUAAUGUACGCCUAGCAUCACUGCUAAACUUUAACAGCCGGGACCCAUUAGAUAUUCAAGAAUACAUAAUAUUUUUCAAUAAUGGGUCCCGACUGUUAAAGUAGCUUUGUUCCUUAUUAACAGAAUUAUAGACUACUGGACUUGUUUUUUUCUUUUCAGUUUUUAUUUGAAGUAUAAUUAAGCAGUCGGGUUUUUUGAUUUUUUAAAUUUACCUUUUUUAUUUCACACUUUUAGUUAGUAUUUUAAGACAGUUAAUACCGUAGUCUUAUUACUUCAGGGUUUUAAUAUCGCGGGAAUUAUUAAGUACCUUGCGGUGGUAUAAAAGAUUGAUUUAUUAAGACAUAAAGAGACUUUACCAGCGGGGUCAAGGCUACAGAUGGGCCUCAAUUUUCGCAAAAAUGUGUGAAGUUAAAUCAAUACGUUACAUAAAUAUCUAAUGUAUGUAAAUUUUAUAGUAAACUACCACUUAUUCAAUAAUUUGUUAAUACAAAAUGUACAUUUUGGAAAUAGAUAUCAAAUAAUAUUUUAGUUUUGAUUCACAAUUUUAGCGGUAAUGGCUUACACAUUAAAAAU